CGAGGGGGUGUAACUUGGGUGUAACAGCAUUAUUUAAUCAUAAACAAUCAUGGAGGCGGUCAAUGUGGACGAUGAUUCUGUUUAUAGACUUGAAGGUUCUAAUAUUGAAGAAAAGGGUGGCUUGAUAAUCAAGAAAAAGGUGAAGAAAGAAGGAAGCGAAGAUGAGGACUUUAAGAAGCCUCUAAUACCGUCUUCCGGUUCAAUCCUUGGUCUUGACAAACUCGCAGCUUUGAAAAGACAGCAAAAUGAGGAGAAAAAAUCUGCCAUCAAGAUAGAACAGGAGGAGGGUGACGAAGAAAAUGGAAAACAAAGGAAGGCUGACAAAAGAGAGAGGCAUUACCGGUCGAAGUACGAGGAAACACCUACGCACACCGGCGGCUUAUCUAAAGAGGCGAAAGAAAGGAUUGCUGAUCGACAAUAUCGAAGUCAGGAAAAGGGAAUCCAUGCAUCAACCAAACGUCCACGGCAUGAAGACAGGGAUAGAGGAAGAGACAGAAGGGAUCGAGAUAAAGACCGAAGAAGGGACAGGUCAGAGAGGAGCCACAGGUCGGAGCGUUACGACAGAUCUGACCGGUCUGAGCGGACGCCUCGAUUUGCUGAUGAACCAUCAACUCCAAAGUUUAGGGGUGCGAAGGACUUGUCAAGAUCCUCCUGGGAUGACGAUGAUGGACCUUUCAUGCAUAGGCGGUCAACUUGGGACUUCCCAACUCCAAGUUCUCACAGAGACUCUACAGACUGGUCUGAGAGAGGCUCAGAGAGGAGGUGGAAACGAAACUCUGAUGACACGCCUUUGCCGACUCCUUCAUUCAAGUACAAUGCUUGGGCCAAGGAUAGGAGGAGGACUGGAGCUACACCCGCUUUUGACAAAGACGGAGAAAGGAUUGAAUGGGAGAAUGACGGUGAUUGGGAAGACGAGCAGAAGCGGCUGGACCGAGAGUGGUAUCAAAUGGACGAAGGCUAUGACGACCAGCACAAUCCCUUCGCCAAUGUGUCUGAGGACUACACAAAGAAAAGGGAGGAACAGCUAGAGAUGCGAAAAAUCAAGCGAAUGUCGGCCCAACAGAGGCAAAUCAAUAAGGACAACGAGCUUUGGGAGAGGAAUCGAAUGCUGACCUCGGGUGUUGUGCAAGCGGUCGAUUUGGAUGAGGAUUUUGAGGAAGAAAGCAUCGCCAGGGUUCACCUCUUGGUGCACAAUAUUGUCCCACCCUUCCUUGAUGGCAGGAUCGUGUUCACAAAGCAACCCGAACCUGUUGUGCCCGUCAAGGACCCCACCUCAGACAUGGCCUUGGUGGCCAGAAAGGGUUCCGCACUUGUGCGAGCUUUCAGAGAGCAGAAAGAAAGAAGGAGAGCUCAGAAGAAACACUGGGAGUUGGCUGGCACCAAUAUCGGCAACAUAAUGGGCAUCCAGAAAAAGGAGGAAGACGCGGAUGAGAAAUUGAACGAUAACGACGAAACCGACUACAGGACUGAUCAGAAAUUCGCCCAACACAUGAAAGAUGACAAAGGAAACGCCAGCAGUGAUUUUGCUAAAAGAAAGACAUUCACUCAACAACGGAGGUACCUGCCUGCCUUUGCCGUCAGACAAGAACUUUUGAAUGUGAUCCGAGAAAACAAUGUGGUCAUUGUUGUGGGAGAAACAGGCAGCGGUAAAACGACCCAACUGACGCAGUAUCUGCACGAGGAAGGUUACUCCAAGUAUGGAAUGAUUGGGUGCACUCAGCCAAGAAGAGUUGCCGCCAUGUCAGUCGCUAAACGUGUCAGUGACGAAAUGGGCACCACCCUGGGCGACGAGGUGGGCUACGCCAUCCGAUUUGAAGACUGCACCUCAGACAAAACCAUUAUCAAGUACAUGACUGACGGCAUUUUGCUUCGUGAGUCUCUGCGAGAGGCUGAUUUGGAUCAUUACAGUGCCGUCAUCAUGGACGAGGCUCACGAAAGAUCUCUUUCCACUGACGUGUUAUUCGGACUACUCAGAGAGGUUGUUGCCCGGCGUACUGACCUGAAGCUGAUCGUGACUUCAGCUACAAUGGACGCCACCAAAUUUGCCAUGUUCUUCGGCAACGUGCCAGUCUUCAAGAUUCCAGGACGCACCUUCCCAGUGGAGGUCAUCUUCAGCAAGAAUCCUGUUGAAGACUACGUUGACGCAGCAGUUAAGCAGGCGCUGCAAGUGCACUUGCAGCCCACCGUUGGAGACAUCCUGAUCUUCAUGCCAGGACAGGAGGACAUUGAGGUCACUUGUGACGUGCUGACAGAGCGUCUCGGAGAGAUUGAUAAUGCGCCGCAGCUGGCCAUUCUGCCCAUCUACUCGCAACUGCCGUCAGAUUUACAAGCCAAGAUUUUCCAAAGAGCUCCUGAUGGACUAAGGAAGUGCAUUGUAGCCACAAAUAUUGCAGAAACUUCACUUACAGUGGAUGGAAUCAUUUUUGUGGUUGAUGCUGGAUACUGCAAAUUGAAAGUAUACAAUCCCAGGAUUGGUAUGGAUGCUCUACAGAUUUACCCCAUCAGUCAAGCAAAUGCAAAUCAACGCUCUGGACGUGCUGGUCGUACAGGACCUGGCCAGGCUUUCAGGUUAUACACGGACAAGCAAUACAAAGACGAACUUUUGGCUGGAACUGUGCCUGAGAUUCAAAGAACCAACCUGGCAAACACAGUGCUGUUGCUGAAGUCCUUGGGUGUGCAGGAUCUGUUACAAUUCCACUUCAUGGACCCUCCUCCACAAGACAACAUCCUCAAUUCAAUGUACCAACUUUGGAUCCUUGGUGCUCUCGACAACACAGGCAGUUUGACCCCUCUGGGCAGGCAGAUGGCCGAGUUCCCCCUCGAUCCUCCUCUGUGUCAAAUGUUGAUUGUGUCUGAGAGAAUGGGAUGCUCUGCUGAUAUUCUCAUUAUUGUGUCAAUGCUAUCUGUUCCCUCCAUCUUCUACCGUCCCAAGGGAAGGGAAGAGGAAGCUGAUGGAGUCAGGGAGAAGUUUCAAGUACCUGAAUCGGACCACUUGACAUACUUGAAUGUCUACAAUCAGUGGAAAAUGAACAAGUAUUCUGGUGGUUGGUGUAACGAACACUUUAUUCACAUCAAGGCGAUGAGAAAGGUGCGAGAGGUGCGGCAGCAGCUCAAGGACAUCAUGGAACAACACAAGAUGAAAGUGGUGUCCUGCGGCACUGACUGGGACGUGAUUCGCAAAUGCAUUUGCUCUGCUUACUUCCACCAAGCUGCAAGGCUGAAGGGCAUUGGCGAGUACGUCAACUGCCGAACAGGCAUGCCUUGCCAUUUGCACCCCACCUCCGCCCUCUUUGGAAUGGGAUUCACACCUGACUAUGUAGUUUACCACGAACUCAUCAUGACAGCAAAGGAAUACAUGCAAUGCGUAACAGCUGUCGAAGGAACGUGGCUCGCAGAGUUGGGCCCAAUGUUCUUCUCCAUCAAACAGGGAGGUAAAUCUGGCAGGGAAAAGCGUCAGCUGGCUCUAGUCCAUCAACAGACCAUGGAGGACCAAAUGAAGAAGGCGCAGGAGGAAAUCGUAGAGCGUAAGAAGGAAAAGGAGAGGCAACAACUAGCUAGCAUUAGAAAAUCGGAAGUCAUUGAGUUAGGAACCAAAGACUCCAGGACUCCCAGGAGGGCGCCAGGAACACCAAUGAGGACGCCUAAGCGCUUAGGAUUGUAGUUUAAGUUAAUAAAUUCAUGGUAUUUUAUGUGGUCUA